GUCGAGAUCAUUCACAUAACUGAAUACAAAUCGACUCCACACUUUAUUUAUUCAAGGUCCGACUUGAAUGAUAGUUUCAUACAGAAAAUGGUUAAUAUUCUGAAAUAGUGGUCACUUAAAAAUUAUUUAAUACAACUGGUACCGAGUUGUUCAGUAUUUUUGAAUUACAAAGUGCAGUGUCGAUGAAACUGGUUAAAAACCAUAAAUAGCAAUCAUUAAUAAGAUCCGUGCAGGUGUGUUGUUUUCAAUAGCCUUAAUUGUUUUGAUAUUCAACCAAUAACCUUGGAAAAGAGAUUUUGGAUGUACAUAGGCACGCAUUUAGCCACACAAGGUGUGGGUGACUCCACACUGGAAGAUUUAUAAUUAUUGCUUAGUGUUUACUUUUGUACGUAACAGUGAAGUUAGUCUAGUCGCUUUUUUGAUUAAUAAUGGAAGAAGUAGAGCAAGACGAAAGGAUAGAAAAAGAAAAAUGUGUAGGACAACUACGAAAUCUUAUGAAAGGCAACGAUAUCUUGAAAUAUGUUCCAAAUAAUGAGGAUUAUUUACUCAGAUUUUUGUACACAACAUCCUUUGAUGUGAUAGAAGCUUUCAAGUUAAUGAUAGCACAUUACGAAUUCAUGAUCGAAUGCCCAGAUUGGUUUACUAAAGAUGGCCCUUUAAGCAAGAAAUAUAUAAUCGAAAAAAAUGUUAGAAUUUUAACACCUUAUAAAGAUCGAGAUGGCCGACAAAUAUACAUACUAAAAAUAGGAAAUCUAGAUCCAAGUAAAAUGGAACUGUCUGAUGUUAUCAGCAUCGAUGAUUGCUGGGUGGAAUUCCUAGCUGAUGAUCUCAAUUUUAGACAAAAAGGACUGUGUGUGAUUGUCGAUAUUAGUAAUUUAACGUGGAAAAUGUAUAAAUGGUGUACACCGCAUUUGAUACGAACUUUUUUGAGGAAAGUUAACACAUGGCCUAUUAAAGAGUACAGAAUUCACGUAGUUAACACCAAUUUUAUGGCAAACAGCCUUAUUAAAAUUAUAUGGCCUUUUGUUAACGAGCAUCUCAAAAGGGUGAAUUAUCUUUUAAUUACAGAUUAAAUUUCAUUUUGAUGAUUGGGAGUCCCUUCAUGAGUAUAUCAACCCUAAUGAACUGCCCCCUGAAUACAGGGGCUCAGCUCUAAUAGACUACAAGGAGUGUUAUAGAAAUUUUUUUAAGAAGGACGAUCAGAUAGUUAACAACUUUAAAACUUACAGAAAUGUUAUUUAAUGAGUGCCAUAGUACCUACUGACGUAAUAAAAAAUUAAUAAUGUUUUUAGUUUAAUUAAAUCUCUUUAUUAUCACUUUAUUCUAAAUAGAAAACUCUAACAAAUAAUGGUAGAUCGAAUUAUUCUAAAUUAGUUUUCCAAUUUAUAGCUUCGUGCAUAACUGCAUCAUUUAUGUCAUUAUUAUUCUUUGACGAGAGGCAAUAUAUCAGCCAUCAUAUCAAAUUUAACAGCUAAUAACUCAAUAGUUAGCAGUGUAACUCAGUUUUCUGCGCAAUCCUGCAACGCAUCCUGUGAGGGUUUCCUGAUAAGUCAAUAACACGAUUCGGUGUUUAUCAAGCGACGGUGAAAGUAAAUCAAGCUCAGGAUAAACCGAAGUAUAUUAUAUUAUGCUGUAAUAGCUCCUGAAAACUGGUGGAAAAAUUCUCACAGAGCUGAACAAUGCCCAUCGAAAAUUCUGUUACGGUUUCACCUCUUAGGCAAUCACUGGCCACUGUAGGAGAUCCCAAUGGAUCAUUUUCUCUAAGUGCGGAAAGGAAGAAACAGGCCGAAGAAGAAUUAAACGAGACCCCUGAGAAUUUGAAACAGGAACUGUUUGCUUUACGUCAAAUGGUUCAAAAUGAUACCAAUUUAAAUAUACCAGAUGAUGGCGCGUUUUUAUUGCGCUUCUUGCGAGCUCGAAAAUUUGAUAGCAAAAAAGCUUUUCAUAUGCUGCAAAGAUAUUACCUCAUGAAAUUAAAAUGUCCUGAAUUAUUUUCCUGUCCAGUACCUUCUGAAUGCGAGAAAGUUUUUAAUUUGCAAGCGCAGAAUAUGCUGCUAGAGAGGGACCAACUUGGAAGAAGAGUUUAUGUAAUUCGAAUGGAUUACUUCGACUCUAAUGUUGUUACUAUUGAUGAUAUUUUUCGUACAAAUAUUUUGGCUCUUGAACAAAUCGUUCGUGAACCGGAAACGCAAGUCGCUGGGAUUGUUUUAGUCCUGGACAUGGCAGGGUUAAGUCUACAACACGCGAAAUUUUUUACUCCGUAUUACGCAAAGAAAAUGGUGGAAUUAGUCCAAGAAACAUUUCCUCUCAGAUUUAAGGGCUUCCAUAUUGUCAACGAGCCUUUCUAUUUCGAUGCUGUGAUGGCUGUGCUUAAACCGUUUGUGAAAGAGAAAAUCAGAAAAAGAAUAUUUUUACACGGUAGUGACAUAAACGCUCUUCAUGGUUUUAUCUCAAAUGAUAUAUUACCAUCUGAAUAUGGGGGCAAUGCGGGCCUUUUUGAUAACAAGUCCUGGUAUAUGCAUCUACUUACAGAGGAAGAGUAUUUUCAAGGCUUGAUGAAAUAUGGAUACAAGAUUGACAAUUCUGAGACAGACGAAUAAAAUUUUGCAACUGGCAAUAAUAAUAAUCAAACUUGUGGGUUUAUAGCAAGAGUUUUGAAUCAUGCUUGCCGUUAGAAAGCUCAAGGAUUUUUAUAAAUAAUUGUAGCUCUUGGUAUACUCCUAGUGAUAGGGUAAAAAGUAUUAUAUUUAUUUUGUUAACGCUUGGACGCCUGUUACCUACAAAUUGUUAAGCUUCACAAAUUUAUUAUAUGAGAAAAUAACUUUGUUAUGUAAAUUCCAUUGAGAAAUUAGUUUAAUACAGCUGUAUAAUCGUAUUCUCACAAUGAGAUAAUAGAGAGUAUUUUUGAAGUAACUAAACAGUGUUUACCGUAAAUGAAUGCAGAACCUAUCCCCUUUUCCCCAUUUAAUAAGUGUUGGAUAAUAAAAAAUCGAAUUUUUUGUAUUAAUGUUUUUGAUUAAUAAAUUUUUUUGACCAUU